CCGCCCGCGAGUCCGCGGUCUGAGCCAGGCCUGGGCGGCCUGACCCUUCCCGCCCAGCUUGGGGUGGAGGAAGCCGAAAGUAGCUUCAGCGAGGCUUAGCGCCCGGACCGCCGAGAACCGGUCUGAUCGUUGCAGAGACCGGGAUGUGUGGGGCGAGGCCGUAAGGACUUGACUCACCUUCUCCAUCCCCUUUCUACCCAACUCCCCAUCCGGAGGGCUCGGGCCUCCAGCUGCCAGCCCCCGAUUUCGGGGCAGGGUGUGACGACCCCGAUUUCUGUUUGCAAGCACAGCCAGCAGUUCAAGAGCCAGGUCCCAAGGUUGGAUCUCUUUUGCCUGGGCUGCUAGCCCUGGCCUCAGAGUCUUGGGUGCAGGCGACAGAGCGUGGGCCGCGCGCCAUGGCCGACCGGCAGGCGGGCCUGGCGGCCGGGGACUGGGAGAUCGACGUGGAGAGCCUGGAGCUGGAGGAGGACGGGCGCGGGGCGCUGCCGCCGAUGCCGCCGGGGCCCAGCCCGCCGCCGGCCGACGGGGACGGCGAGGACGACGAAGACGAGGACGAGGACGACGACGACGUGGAGGACGAGGGCGACGGCGACGGCGAGGAGGCGGGCGCGUCCCCAGGGGCGUCCGGGCGUCCGGAGCCGCAGGGAGGCGUCCCGCCCAGGCCGUCGCCGGCGCCGCAGGCCUCGCAGGCCCCCGCCGGGCCCCCGGAGCGCGGCGCGAGCGCGGGUGGCGGCCCGGAGCCGCGCAAGCUGAGCCGCACGCCCAAGUGCGCGCGCUGCCGCAACCACGGCGUGGUGUCCUGCCUCAAGGGCCACAAGCGCUUCUGCCGCUGGCGGGACUGCCAGUGCGCCAACUGCCUGCUGGUGGUGGAGCGGCAGCGCGUCAUGGCCGCCCAGGUGGCGCUCCGGAGGCAGCAAGCCACCGAGGACAAGAAGGGGCUUUCUGGGAAACAGAAUAAUUUCGAGCGCAAAGCUGUGUAUCAGAGGCAAGUGAGGGCACCCAGUCUGCUGGCCAAAAGUAUUUUAGAAGGCUACCGCCCCAUACCAGCAGAGACUUAUGUGGGAGGGAGCUUACCUCUACCUCCCCCAGUAAGUGACCGGAUGAGGAAAAGGCGGGCCUUUGCUGAUAAAGAGUUGGAGAACAUUAUGCUGGAGAGAGAAUAUAAAGAGAGGGAGAUGUUGGAAGCUUCCCAAGCUGCUGCCUUGUUCCUGCCCAACCGCAUGGUGCAUGGACCUGAAUACAACUACAAAAGUGCCUACAGCCCUACCCCGGUGGAACCACCAAGCAAAGACUUCUGUAAUUUUUUGCCCACCUGUCUUGAUCUAACCAUGCAGUAUUCAGGGUCUGGGAAUAUGGAACUAAUUUCUUCAAAUGUCAGUGUGGCCACGACUUACAGACAGUAUCCUUUGUCCUCAAGAUUUUUAGUUUGGCCCAAGUGUGGCCCCAUUAGUGACACUCUCCUUUACCAGCAAUGCCUGCUAAACACCACCACCUCAGUUCAAGCCCUGAAAUCUGGGGCCAGCUGGGACUUGAAGGGAGUACAAGUACAGGAUGGACUCAGUGCCGAACACGACGUGAUGCCACCCAAAUUGGAAGGCUCUCUGGUGCUGCCUCACACUCCCGAGGUCCAGACCUCAAGAAGUGACCUUCAGGGUCACCAGGCUGUCCCUGAGAGGUCUGCGUUCUCCCCACCCCGACGGAAUUUCUCUCCAGUUGUUGACACGGACUCCCUGGCAGCUCAAGGGCACAUCUUAACCAAGAUCAGCAAAGAAAGCACCAGGCACCCUCUGCCACUUAAACAUAAUCCGUUCCACUCAUUAUUCCAGCAAACUCUUAAUGACAAAUCGGGUCCUGAGUUGAAAACACCAUUUGUCAAAGAGGCCUUUGAAGAGGCCCCUAAGAAACACAGAGAGUGUUUAGCCAAGGAGAACCAGAAGUACACAUUUACAAUAGAUAGAUGCGCAGAAGACCUUUUUGUAGCCAAACAAGUUGGAACAAAACUCUCUGUGAAUGAACCGCUGUCAUUUUCUGUUGAGUCUAUUCUCAAGAGGCCUUCAUCUGCCAUCACUCACAUCUCUCAGUGAAAGCCUGCUGAAAUGGAAAGCUGGAUUUUCUGCAGUCUCAGAGGGUUCUUACCAGUUGCUAAUUUUUUUUUUAAAGAAAAAGUUGAGAUGUUUGUAUAAAGAAAUUUCUAAUGUAAAUGAUGGCGAUUAAAAGAUUUAUAUUCGUA